CAUAGACAAUUUCGUCGAGCAUCGACAGUUUCGUCUUACCUGGCAUAGUUGAUACGUUUAAUAACCUGAGCUGUGUGAUAUUGUGCAGAUAUGUCAGCGGAAGAUUGGGCAUGGCAACAUUUUUAUAAAAUUGAGGGUGGAUUAAUAAAAUGCAAAAUAUGUUGGAGUAUUUUUUUAAUAGGGAGAAAAAUAGACACUUCGCAUAAAGCACACUUAUUCUACGAACAUAAUAUAUGUAAACAAGAAGAAGUCGACAAGUGGCAAAUGGAAGAAAAUCCUGAGCCGAUGUGGGAAAAUUUCAAAAAAGGCGAACUGUACACUGCGACAUGCAAUUUUUGUGGAGAAACAGUGGAACAUGCAUAUCACGUUUCUAAAUUAAAUCUUCACUAUUUGAAGCAUUUUCAAGAAUUUGAAGAUUCUAUCAAAAAUUCUUGGUUGAAGAAUCAUAUGAGAUUUAAUAGAACCACUAAAAAACCAUAUUGUUAUUAUUGCAAAAAAUAUUUAAAUACCUCUCUCAACGUACAAGACUUAAAGGAUCAUUUGUUUGUAAUUCACGAUCUCCGCGACACCACCAAAAGAAUGAGAAUAAAUAAAGAUACAGGAGAAAGUAGUGCUGAUGUAUCUAUACAGGCUGAGGAGAAUAAGCCAAGUACAAGUUUUCAAUAAAAUAUUUGUGGAAAUUAUAAAAAAAUUAAGGACAUAAUUGAUUAUAGUGCAACAGCAAGGAGAAUGUAGAUAUAAUUGGAAAUAGAUAUUAAAACCGAUAAUACAUUAAA